GGACAACGUUUACAGGAACACACGGUUGAGAGAUUUUUUUUUUUAACUCAGCGUUGUGUUUGUUGGUACAGUAAAAAAUAUUGAAAUAAUUGUGUGUAACUGGUUAAAACUGGAUUUCUGGGCUUACUAGCUUUGCUGAAUUUAUUUAAGUAGGUACAUUUUAAGAAACCAAACACACAAAGAGAAGUUAACGGCGUUAAUUUCAUCAGUAUGGCUUCAACUAUUGACUUCAGGACUCAUGUGGAUCAGUCGUGCAGAUACUCUGAGGAGUUUGUCAACAUUUACUAUGACUGCAUGGACAAAAAAAGACGAAACCUGACGAGACUUUACCUGGAUAAAGCCACACUGGUGUGGAACGGGACUAACGUUUCGGGACAGGAUGCGCUUGGAGAAUUUUUUGAAUCUCUUCCCUCAAGUGAAUUUCAGGUCCACACGCUCGACUGCCAGCCUGUCCAUGAACAAGCGACUCAAGGCCAGACAACGUUGCUGGUGGUCACUGCGGGUACAGUCAAGUUCGACGGAAACAAACAGAGAUAUUUUAACCAGAAUUUCUUGUUAACAGCUCAGGCAUCUCCAAACAGCGAUCAGCCCGUGUGGAAAAUCGCAAGUGACUGUUUUCGCUUCCAAGAUUGGGCAAGCUAAAUCACGGCUUCCCGAUUUAUACGUCCUGUGUAAAUGUAAAGUGCUUGUUUUAAUAAAAUGGCCCUUGUGUAA